AUGAAGUCGGAGGAAGUCACCGUGGCUGGCAUUGAGCGGACCUGUCUGGAAUCCGACCGGAAGACACAUUCGGAAGAGACCCUGCCCUUCUCUGCACCCAUGGUCCCCGCCACAGCACCGUCACCCAAACCUCCACCACCAGGGGAAUCACCUCACUGUGGCACUCAGGAGCCAAUACUCCCAGAGUAUCCCCUACUCCCUCAGCCGGUGGGGCAGCACAACCCUCAUCUGGGCUUGCAGCCUCAACGAGGAGCACAUGCAGGAGACCACUGCAAGGAGUCUCCUCGAGUGUCAUUGGUGUCCACUGUCCCUCCCUCCCUCCCUCCCUCCACUGGGGGCGCCGCGAGCCGCGCGCCAUUUCCCAACCGCCGCUUGGGUUUGAAUGUGUUGGCGGGCGGGCGCGCGGACCAAUGGGCGGCGGGAACGUCACUCAACGUCCAACCGCCAACCCGCCCACCCGCCGCCGCGCAGGCGCAGACGCAGACGCAGAGCGAGACGGAGACCGGCGGCGGCAGCGGGACAACGGGACAACGGGACAACGGGACAACAACAACAACAGCAACAGCAACAACAACAACAGCGGGAGCGGGACAACAACAACAACAGCACAGAGACGGAGAGAGAGACACCGAGACAACAGCGGCGGCACCGAGGGACACAGACACAGACAGACAGACAGAUCGAGAGAGGAGCGCUCCUGGCCACAGCAUGGACAACGUGGACGUGCGUGAAGAGUUCCAGCCUCAGGGCAAGAAGCGUCGAUUGCAGGAUGACAACACUGAGAAUAUCAAUGUGGCAGCAGUGAAUAAUAAGAGUAUGUCCCUGCAGCGCUCACGGCUUCCACAGCCGUCUCUGAGGCGAAUACAGAUGCCACCUGCUGUGGCCAGCACUAACCCGGCUGGGGCAGUGAAGAAGGCAGGCUGCAGCACCAUCCCACUGGGCUCCUCCAGGGGCCGGUUGGCACAGAGCAUUCCUGGCAGGAUGAUGAAGACUCGUGUGGCAGCGGUAGCUAAAGAUGCAGCUCCCAGCAUUGCUGCCAAGGGUGUUCCACAAUCAGUGAAGUAUGCUCCUUCCGCGGCUGUGGCCAAGAAGCGACCGGCCUGGGAUAUGAAAGGGAAGCUGGAUGACACGAAGAAACACCUGUCGGACUGCACGGGCAAGCUGCAGGUCGCCGAGCUGCAGAGGAAACAGUUUCAGCAGAGUUCAGACGUGCUCGGUAAAAGUUUGUCUCAUGCCACAUCCCGAGUCAAGGAGCUGGAAGACAAGCUGCGGACAGCGGAGUCUCAGCUACAGAGCAGGGAAUCAGAGCUGGGUCAGCUUCGACAUGACAACACUGCCCUGCAGAAGGUGUUGCCGCUCCGGGAAGCUCAAAUCAGCAGCUUAACUACUGAAGUGCAAGAACUCUCCACCACUCUGAAAGACACGAAGAGUACACUGGUGUACACACAGCAGCAGCUGACCCAGAAGGCUGCCUGUGUGGAUGAACAACACAAGCUCAUCGGCAGUCUGGAGGAACAGCUUCAGCAUAUGGAGCAGGCACUGACAAACGCAGAGCAGGAAAGACGCAGAUUGCACAACACCGUGCAGGAGCUGAAGGGGAAUAUCCGUGUUAUCUGCCGUGUUCGCCCGCUUCUGGACGGGGAGAGGCACAAUGAUAUGAUGCACAUUCAGUUCCUGCCCAGUGAUGAGAAGGUGAUCACCCUCACAAAGGAGCAGGAGUCUCGCACUGGGAACAACCGGAAAGAUGUGAAACACGACUUCAGUUUUGACCACGUUUUCCAGCCAGUGGCAAAGCAGGAAGAAGUGUUUGAAGACAUCUCUCAGCUGGUGCAGUCUGCCCUGGAUGGCUACAACGUUUGUAUCUUUGCCUACGGUCAAACAGGCAGUGGCAAGACCUACACCAUGGAGGGGCCUGACGAGCUGACGUGUGACACCAAGGGGAUGAUUCCACGCGCAGUCGAUCAGAUCUUCGCCACUGCACGUAGACUCGAGACCAUGGGAUGGCUGUACAAGUUCACGGCCAGCUUUCUGGAGAUCUACAACGAGAACAUCCGUGACCUGUUAGUGACCAAAGCACAGAAGGCUGUCGUGUAUGAGAUCAAGCAACGCAGUAAUAAGAGUGAGGAGCUGUACGUCACCAACUUGAAGUACGUCACUGUCGGCACAGUGGAGGAGGUCAACAAGUUGAUUGCCACUGCCAAAACGAACCGCUCUGUGGCAGCGACAGCCAGUAACCAUCAAUCAUCAAGGAGCCACAGUGCCUUCCAGCUCUACAUAGAAGGGAGUAACUCUGCCAACGGCCUGGUGUGUAGAUCAACCCUGUGCCUGGUGGACCUGGCGGGCAGCGAGCGCCUGGAUAAAUCUCACUCGACUGGGGACCGUCUGCGGGAGGCUCAGGCCAUCAACACCAGCCUGUCCUGCCUCGGACUCGUCAUUCUUUCACUGUCCAACAAGGAAGCUCACAUCCCUUACCGCAAUAGUAAGCUGACCCACCUGCUGCAGAACAGCUUGGGAGGAAAUUCGAAGACGUUGAUGUUUGUCAACGUGUCGCCGCUGGAAGAAGACUUCCAUGAAUCCCUCAACACUUUGCGGUUUGCCAGUCAGGUGAACGAGUGUACCAUCGGGACGGCACAAAUGAAUCGUAAACGUGUCCUAUGAGGGGGAGAGGAGCCGUCCUGUGUCCAGCUGGGCUGCUGAUCCAGUCUCGUAUUUAUAUGUGUUUGUAUCUAUCGCUUUAAUCUUGGUUUUUUAAAUCUAAUAAAGUGUUAUUAAAGGUACCAUUUUUAGGUACCUAAAAAU